AUGUCGAACUCCAACAAUAAUACUUCUUCGUCCACCGAUGACCCUCACUUGUACUUUUAUUCCCCUUCCACCGCUGCCGCUGUCGUCUUCUCAGUACUCUACCUCCUUCUGACCCUAUGGCACUUUUACAUCAACUUUAUAGUUGCUCGGCGGCGGUUCGUCAAACACAAGUACACGAUUCCGCUUUUCGUUGCGGCAUUGAUAUCCACAGUUGGCUGGGUGGUACGCAUUCUUUCCGUACGGAACGACACAUCCAUUCCCCUGUACGCGACCUCGGCAUCUCUGAUUGUCAUAAGUCCGAUCUUCGUCUGCGCCAGUCUGUAUCUCCUUCUCACACGCCUCAUUCGAGCCACACUUCCCAACGGUCCUGCCCAAUCAUUCUUUGGGAUAAAGCCCUCCUGGAUGGGAAGAUUGUUCAUCACGAGUGACGUUUUCAGCUUUUUGACACAGUGCAGCGGCUCCGGAAUAGCGAGUUCAGGCAACUGGGAGGGCAAUUUGAAGGAUGUCGGAACCAACGUGCUGCUUGUGGGGUUGGCGUUGCAACUUGCCACCUUUACCGUAUUCCUUACUGUCAUGGUGCGAUUUGUGCGCAGGGUGACCAGGAGUCGAGAUACAGACUUCAGCCCGUGCGUGAAAAAGGUCGUUAUCGGCGCAAACAUUGCGAGUUGUUUUGUGCAGAUUCGUUCCAUUUACCGUGUCGUCGAAUUCGCCCUUGGUAUCGACGGAUACCCAUUCAACCACGAGUGGUGCCUUUACGUCCUCGAAGCGGCGCCGAUGUUUUGUGCCCUGGCCAUCCUUGCAUAUUACCACCCUGUCCACUGGAUGCAAGACAUGCCUAGAGCCGAGGUUGGAUUGGAACAUAUUGGCCGGAAUGCCAAAAGACCAAACGCCGCUCUCAGCGGUGCAUAG